AUCUUGCACCAUUUGCCACAGACUAUCGACUCAUCCCUAGACAAAGAAACGGGCAGUUGAUACUCCGUACCUGCCUACCUAAAUAAAUUGGAUCAUUCGACACACACCGACCGACCUGCAGACCGAUAACCGGAUCCAGUGAAUCCUGUCCAUCAGCACCGCCUUUAUAAAGCCCUGCUCUUCUCCUGAUCAAUUGAUCGUAUCUACAAUAGCAAGGGUUCUCGAAAAUAAAUCGCGGAGCCAUGACGGCUCACGACCAUCCCAUUGCGACUCCGCCGCGAGCUCCAUCCCCAGUCCAUGGCUUCGGCACCCUGGCGGUGCACGCGGGGUCGCCACAUGACCCCACCACGGGAGCUGUGAUCGAGGCCAUCUCCCUCUCGACGACAUUCGAGCAGACGGGCGUUGGCAAGCCGGUCGGCCAAUAUGAGUACAGCCGCAGUAGCAACCCGAACCGGACAAACUUCGAAACGGCAGUGGCGGCGCUGGAGCACGCCAAGCACGCGCUCGCCUUCUCGUCGGGUAGCGCCACCACAGCCACCAUCCUGCAGUCCCUUGCCUCUGGCUCGCACGUCAUCUCAGUGUCGGACGUCUAUGGCGGGACGCACCGGUACUUCACCCAGGUGGCCAAGGCGCACGGCGUCAAGGUGACCUUCACGCCGGAGAUCGAGGUCGACAUCAGCGAGCACAUCACCGAUGCCACCAAGCUGGUGUGGAUUGAGAGCCCAAGCAACCCGACGCUGCGGCUGGUCGACAUCCGGGCGGUCGCGACGCAGGCGCACAAGCACGGUAUCCUCGUCGUCGUCGACAACACCUUCCUGUCGCCGUACGUGCAGAACCCGCUCGACCACGGCGCCGACAUUGUCGUCCACAGCGUGACAAAGUACAUCAAUGGCCACAGCGACGUGGUCAUGGGCGUCGCCGCCUUCAACAGCGACGACCUCCACACGCGCCUCUCCUUCCUGCAGAAUGCCAUCGGCGCCGUCCCCUCGGCCUUCGACUGCUGGCUCGCCCACCGCGGCCUCAAGACCCUGCACCUGCGCGCCCGCCAGGCGACCACCAACGCGACCGCCGUGGCCACGGCGCUCGAGGCCUCGCCCCUCGUCCUGGCCGUCAACUACCCGGGGCUGGCCUCGCACCCGCACCGCGCCAUCGCCCGGCGGCAGCACCGCGACGGCAUGGGCGGCGGGAUGCUCUCGUUCCGGAUCCGCGGCGGGCACGGGGCCGCGGCGCGCUUCUGCCAGCUGACGCGCGUCUUCACGCUGGCCGAGUCGCUCGGCGGCGUCGAGAGCCUCGUCGAGCUGCCCAGCGGCAUGACCCACGCCGGCAUCCCGCGCGACCAGCGCGAGGCCGUCGGCGUCUUCGACGACCUCGUCCGCGUCAGCUGCGGCGUCGAGGACGCCGAGGACCUCGAGGCAGACGUCCUCCAGGCCCUGCAGCGCGCCGUCGCCGAGACGCACAACGGGGGUGGCGCCACCAACGGUGUCGACGGUGUCAACGGGUCCUGAGGGGGAAAACAGUUCUACGUAUCUCACCAUUUUCUGGUAUUUUUCCUGCGUUCCCCAGGGCAGCGGUUUUUAAUUCCCGCGAAAUGGAGAAUAUCCAAACCAAAAAUAUAUAUCUUGGCUAAGAAGCGACCGGUGGAUAUGUCGCUCCCCCCGAGAAUAGGCCAAAUAAUUGCGUUAUAGACUCGGAUGGCAUAAUGAUUAGAAAGAUCUCGUCUUCCUUGUUGCGGGCUAUGUUUCCAGAGAAUUCUGUGCACAAAUGUUCAGAGCAGCCUACGUGACCUGGCUCCUAGGGGUUGACUGACUGACACCAGC